UUAUGUUCGUUGCCGGGUUUCGGUUGGCAACAUUUUUUUCCAUGACGUUCUUCAUUUGUUUUUGAAUCAAGCAAAGUGAGGCGUCCUUUUUAAAACCAAGGUUUUUGUGUAAAAAAACGGUGAUUAGAGUGUUUGUAACAAUGCGUAGGUGUUAAAAUAUUAAUUAUCGAACGAUCGCAAUGUGUUUUUUGUGAAAUACGUCGCAAUCUUGCGUUUUUUGUGCACGAUAGAAGAGGCAAGGGAUGGUCGCUCGAAGUGGAAAAAAUAAGGUCUGCCAUCGAACCGUCUAUUAUAAAGAAGCAGAGGCGGUGCUGGGACGAAAACAGAAGAACGUCGGGGAGUUUGGCCAUUAUCUCUCAUGGUCUGAACGCAUCAAGACGGCCGGGCACCGGAAAAAUCGCCACCGACCGUCACAGAAAUCACAAACUCUAUAGAUAGCUCCAACGUUCCUCAACCAAAAACUUGAAACCAUGAGAAAAAAUCAACGGUCGGUGCGAGCCAGCCGCCGGUAUGUUGAUAUCCUGCGCGGCCUGCGACAAACCAAUCCUGGAUAAAUUCCUGCUAAACGUCCUGGAAAGGACGUGGCAUGCGGACUGCGUCCGCUGUUUCGACUGUCACGCCCCCCUAACCGAUAAGUGCUUCUCAAGGGAAAACAAACUAUUCUGCAGGAACGAUUUCUUCAGGCGGUACGGUACAAAGUGCGGUGGUUGUGGGCAAGGCAUAUCGCCUAGUGACUUAGUGCGAAAAGCGCGCGACAAAGUGUUCCAUCUCAAUUGUUUCACCUGUCUCGUGUGCAGGAAACAGCUUUCGACCGGUGAAGAACUUUACGUUUUAGACGAUAACAAGUUUAUUUGCAAAGACGAUUACCUCAACGGAAACAAGACGGCCGCCAUUACCGGACACCACCACGGUGGGUCCAGCAGUUCCGAAUUAUCGAUAUUUAAAGGCCUCGCACCCGUCGCUAGCGUAUCGCCGACGUUCAAUUUCAAAUCAAAUUCGUUGAUGGGCUCAGCGUCGGAGGACGAAGAAGACGACGACAACAGCACGGCCUCCUCGGUACUAAAACAUCACACGUUGCACGGUUCCUUACCCCCAGCCCCCGGGGAAACAAACAAUAAUUCUUUGCCCCAUUCAGACAUUAGCAGUUCGAUAGGACAGGAUUCAAAAACCGGUCAAGACGACUCCGAAGACCAAAACUCCUUCGACGGUGAUGCCGAAAUGCGGGAUUCGCAAACAGAGAAUAAAAGUCCUGAUGAUAGCAGCGCCGGCUCGAAACGUCGCGGCCCUCGAACGACGAUCAAAGCGAAACAAUUAGAAAUACUAAAGACGGCCUUUUCGCAAACGCCGAAACCCACAAGACACAUCAGGGAGCAGCUGGCGAAAGAAACAGGCCUGCCUAUGAGGGUGAUACAGGUGUGGUUCCAGAACAAGCGGUCGAAAGAGCGCCGCUUGAAGCAGCUCACCUCGAUGGGGCGCGGCCCCUUUUUCGGGGGCUCGCGCAAAAUGCGGGGCUUCCCCAUGAACCUGUCCCCCGGCGGCCUCGAAGACGGCCCUCCCGGCUUCCCGUACUUCGCGACCGCCGACGGAAAAUUCGAGUUCGGCUACGGGGGGCCCCCGUUCCAUCCGCACGACGGCCCCUUCUUCUCCGGCCACCACCCCGGGGGCGGCGGGCCCGGGGGCCAAGGCAUGCCCUUCAACCAAGGAGGUGGACCCAUGGACCACGGCGGCCCCAUGAACAUGGCCGGCGAUUUCGGGACGAUGCCGAACGAGCAAGGCCAGUUCAUGCCUCAGCAGCCGGGCCCCGAACAGAUGAUGCCGGGGAACGGGGGCAGGGGGGGCAGUCCGGAGUUUAUGUCGCCGGGGUCCUUCUCCGACAACCCCCAGCAGCUCAACGAAGGGCUCGUUUGGUAGCUGGCGAAGGCUCUAGCCAAAAGGGCUAGAGAAUGAUUUAUGGUUUGAGUGGUGUAAAUAGUGACGAGGACCGGUUGUGACUAAAAACGUACCUCGGUUUUGUGCAAUUUUUAUUCAUAACGUGUGGUUUAUUAACGUUCAUGUCUUUGCUUUCGGAACACAAAAAUUAACACCCUGUGUACAUAAUUUAUUUGUUAACACAAAUUUCUGAAAAGUGCCAAGUUGUAGUACAGUGUUGGGCGGGAUCGUCGAAGGACAAACCCUUCACCUCCUAUCAUAACACUUUCCAUCCAACACUGUACGAUUUUUUUCGUUAAUUGUUUUAUUUAUGUUACACCACAAUGUACUAUUUAUAAAUGUAUAAAAAACAAAUCCUAGCUUCUAAACUGCUUGUACAUAUUAUAAAUUCUCGAAGGACGGUUAUUAUAUGUUAUGUUUUGACUAGGCCUAGCUGUCGUACAAAAUGUUUGUACAGGGACUUGACACGCUGUAUAAAAAGCCAUCCGAUUAUAUAAUUAGUGUAUAUUGUUAAUUUAGGUGUACUAUCCAAUAAAACAAAUUCUCUAAG